AUGUUAUGCAAUAUUCAAGUUUCUAAGGAAUUAAUUGAAAAGUUAAGUUUAGUUGAUAAAUUUUCAUCAAAAGUAACUUUAACUCCUAAAACACUUGAAUCUUCUUUCAUUAUUGUUAAUUUACCAAAAUUUUGUAACUUUACUAUCUGUGUUAAUACUAAAGACUUAUUAGAGAUGAUUAGAUCAACCGAUCAUUUUGAAUUAAAUAAUGAAGUAGUGAUUUAUAAAUGUUUGGAAAAGUAUGUUGAUAGUUCAGUUGAAAUUACUAAAACUUUUAAGACUUAUGAAGUUAUCAAGUCUGGUUUUAGUGAGGAAGAGAUAUCUGUAAUUCAUGUAGAGGAUAUUGUAACAACACUUACUACUGAUGAUGUUAUAAUAAAUUAUAAAGAAGGAGUAUUCUCAUUUAAAUCACAUGGAUUAAUUCAAACUAGAAUUGAAUUUAAAGCAAGUUUAAUGAGUGGUAAAAAAACAUUUAAAUGUAAAGCAUCUGGUAAAAGUUUAGAAAUCUUUAAAGAAUUUCAAGGUGAUUUGGUUGUAAGUUUAUCUAAAAAUUUUUUAUUGUUAAAAGUAUUUGAAAAUGAAAUUCUUAUUGAAUGCUUAAUACCUUUAAUAAAUUAUUAG